AUGUUCUCUCAGAAAAAACCAUACUCGGCUGUCACCGUUACCGUUGAGCGCCUCACUAGCGAGCAGUUUGAAGAAGACGAUCUUAGUGGGAUCCCUGACCUGGUCGAGGUUAUCAAACUUCAAGCAUCUGGCCCUGCAGAAGCUGCUCGAGCUUUGAGGAAAAAGCUAAAGUACGGUAGUGUUCACAGGCAGCUUAGAGCUCUUGUGCUUCUUGAUGGCUUAAUUCAGAAUGCUGGUCCGCGUUUUCAGAGGACCUUUAUAGACGAACCAUUGCUUGAGCGCUUGCGAGUUUGUGGUACUUCGGACCUGUCUGAUCCCGAUGUCAAGAAGAAAUGUUCUGAGCUGUUCAGAGGCUGGGCUACAGAGUAUAAGAAUACACCAGGUCUCGAAAGAGUUGCCAUGUUAUACAAGGAACUCCCGCGGCGUAAACAAGUUGUCACUCAAGCGAAAUCCAAGGUCUUGCGUGAAACGGAGCAAGACCCCUUCCGCGAUUCCGAGGACGAAGCUGAACAGACCCCAGCCUCCCCAACUUCCCCAUCUCAAGCUUCGUCCUCGCGACAACCCGUUGCAUUUCCUCAGCCCACCCAAACCGUACAGUCAUUCAGCCAUGUCAAAUCAUCAUCUGGCUCUGGUUCUGGUUCCUUCUUCUCUAGUUCCACCAAGGACAAGGAUAAGGACAAGAAGAAGAAGGAUAAGGAAAAAGGUAAGAGAAAGCACAAGCCUUUCAACCUUGAAGCAGAAAAGGACACCAUGAAAGUCGCAAUCGCCGAGUCCUCCCUCGCAGCCACGAACUUAACCAAUGCUCUCCAAAGCAUAAAUCGAGAACGCGAGAGGAUCUCAGAAAAUCCCUCAGCUGUAGAUCGAUUCGAGACUUGCAAAAAGCUACGAAGGAAAAUAUUACGCUACAUUCAUCAUGUUGAAGAUGAACAAUGGCUUGGUGGUCUUCUUCAUGCCAACGAUGAGCUCGUAGUUGCCCUUAUGACAUAUGAGCAACUGGAUCGUUCUAUCGACGCUGAUAGCGAUUCGGAGGACGAAUUAGCUGAACAAGCGCAUCUUUAUAGGAUGGCGACCGAGAAGCACAAACAGGCCAUGUCGCCGACAAGCCCAUCUAGCCCGGUAUCAGACAUGGCCCAACUCAGUAUAAACCCAAGCCCUCCCCCUAGACCGAUGCCGCCUCCACGGCCGUCUGCUGCGUCUAAGCCAGUGAUAGCUCCUCGCCAACCUUCCCCUCCAGACUCGGAUGAAGAUGACUACGCAGACGAAGAUGAAAACGAUCCAUUCGCUGAUAGAAAUGCACUUGGGACGCCUAAGGUAGAAGGGGACGAGCCUAAGUGGUAG